CGAACGACAAGAACUUGUCGCUGUACCUCCUCGCCAACGUGAAGAAGCACAAGAACAGGUUGGUCUCAAGGAUCCCUCUCGAGGUGAUGAACGACGAGACAAUAACACAGCUCGGCGACUUCCCUCACCACGACAAGCCCGUCAACGUGCCUACGCUGUUCAUAAAGGCCGAGCACUCGCACUUCAUCGACGCUGAUGGCGUCAAGGAGUGCAAGAGGCUGUUCCCGCGUGCAGUGUUUGGCACCGUGGACUCGACCCAUAGCGCGAUGCUUGUCGAGCAGUACGCCUACAUCAAGGCAAUGAUCGAAGAGUUCCUGGACGUCUCAUACACUGAUUGACUCAAAUCAAUGGCCAGGCUGAGUAGAUGACACAAAAGUGACCUGUGUAGAGGGAAUUGUUCUGGAAGCUGAGAGAAUUCCACAAAGCUAACCGCCUUGUCUUUGAACCUGGGUUAACCAAAAUACACCACGCUGGGAUGAAGCUCGUGCUUGUGCUCUCCAUGGUCUCACUGUGCUUAGCAGUCCACGUGUGUCCUAAGGACUACACUGGGAUCCGAAUCAUUCAGCAGCAGAACUUCUAUGUGGAAUUGAAGUCAUGGAAGGACGAGUUACAGACUGUGGUCUGUAACAAAGGCAAGAUCAUCUCUGAGUCGUUGUCGUCGUCGCUUGCGAUACCAAAGUCUGUGUGCUUCAACUCAGCUUGUUUCAAGAUUGGAUUGACGAGGCUCCAUUCGCAGAUCGACCAGUCGUUGGUGUUCCCUGUCAAUUCCACGAUUGCGGGUGUGUUUGAGAUUGUUCGAGGGGAAGGCUCAUCAGAUGAGCAAUUGAUGCCAUAUGCUCCGUUGUUACAGGACGAUAUCCAGCGUAGCUGGUUGCACAUUAGCAGAAACGUCAAGUCGUGGAAUAUCCCCUUGUACUACACGGGCGAUGCUGUGGAUUCGAAGUGGUACGAAGCCAUCAGCGCUAAUGAGAAGUACACCGUGUCGAAGGAAUCCAUAAACAAGUUGAAGUCUUUGAAGCCGCUUGUUUGGAGGGAGAUCUGGAAGCACUUGUCGCUGUACAAAGAGAAUUUGAACUCUUUGCGUGACUAUACGAGCUCUGUUGGUGCUUCAUCGCUUAAGAAGAACCAGCGGGUGCAGUUACCUAAGGUGGACCUUCUUAAGCAGUUCUUAAAGCCCACAGUUGAUGCACUAGCUGAAAGGAGAUUUGAUGUUGGAGAGAAGAUCCCAACCAAUGUAUUCUUGAUCUUGAGUCGUGCUCUUCCAACACCGGUGUUCGUCAACCUCGUGCUGUUUAUUGGUGAUUUGUACAACUCUGUGAAGCUACACCCUGUGGAUGAAAUACAUUCGGAAUACCAAUCGAACUAGAUUAUUUUAUAUAGAUGUAAUGACUAGAGAUUAAUGACUAUGU